AUGGCAUCCACCGAAGCCCCGGGUUCAGAUCCGGAGAAGCGGAUCCCCUCGGACAUCAACGCCGUCUCCGGCUCCAUUCCUGCUGAGGAUGACCCAGUCUCGAAACACCACAUCACCGACGAGACCGGCGCGCUCGCCGCUUCGGCUCUCAACUCGGCGCCCCUGGAUGAGGCACAGUCUCGCUCGAUUCUGAAGAAGCUGGACAGACGGAUCCUUCCUUUCUUGUGCAUUACCUACGCCCUUCAAUUCAUCGACAAAACCUCGUUGGGUUACAGCUCCGUAUAUGGCAUCAUCCCUGACAACAAACUCGUGGGUCAGCAGUACAGCUGGGCGAGCAGUAUCUUCUACUUUGGCUACCUCGUCGCGGAGUACCCUGGUGUUGCCGUCCUGCAACGCUUUCCCGUUGCCAAGUUCCUCGGCGUUAACAUCAUUCUCUGGGGGAUGAUUCUCAUGACGACCGCGGCUUGUAGCUCUUUUGCAGGACUGGCAUCAGUUCGUUUUCUUCUCGGCGCUACGGAGGCGACCAUUUCGCCCGGUUUUGUGGCUGUCACGGGUAUGUGGUGGACACGCCAAGAACAGGCAGGCCGCUCGGCGCUCUGGGUUUCGUUCUUGGGCGUCGGCAGCUUCAUCGGUACAUUGCUGGCUUACGGAAUUGGUCAUAUCACGAGUUCCCUGUCUCCUUGGAAGUACAUCUUCCUCAUCCUCGGCGCCAUCACGGUUCUCUGGGGUGUUGUCUUCACCCUAUUCGUGCCCGAUAGCCCCGCCAGUGUGAAGUGGCUGACGGAGCAUGAGAAGGUUGUUGCCGUCCAAAGAGUUGCAGAAAACAAUACUGGGACUGGCCGGAGCAAAACCUUCGUCAUGGCGCAGGUUGUGGAGGCAGCAAAAGACCCGGCGGUCAUCAUUCUUGGACUCAUCUCUUUCGUGAAUGCUAUUGCGUCAGGAGGACUAGCUUUUGGGUCGUUGAUCAUCCAAGGCUUCGGGUUCAACCCUUUGCAGACAACACUAAUGAACCUGCCGCUUUCUACGGUACAGGUCGUUACGCAGCUUGGUGCUGGGUUCUUAACGAGCAAGAUCUCUAGCUCGAGGUUGCACAUUGGCACGGUUGCCAUGAUCCCACCGAUUGUUGGUACACUGCUCAUUAACCAGCUUCACUUGGACAACAAAUGGGGCCGUCUUGUUGGUGUAUGGCUCUUGGGAUCGUACCCUGUUGGCUUCAUGGUUAUUCUCGGCCUUCUCUCAACCAACAUCGCCGGUGGCACGAAGAGAUCGGUUGCUUCCGGCUGGGUAUUCGUAUGCUACUGCGUUGGGCAAAUUGCAGGCCCCCAGUUCUUCAAAAGCACAGAGGCCCCCGCUUAUCACAACGGCAUCGUGGCUAUGCUUUGUGGCUUCAUUUUGAACCUGGUUCUUAACCAGAUCCUUAGGCUCAUUUACGUUCUGGAGAACAAGAAACGGGAUAAGCUGCUUGAGGGCAAGUCUGAACACGAGAUUGCGGAGAUGCAAAGGGAGGGUGAGGUGCUGGGAUUCGAAGAUGUGACUGACAAGGCUAACAGUAAAUAA